AUGACCUUGAUACACCGCUUCCACAUCCGUGACGGUGAGGUGACCUAUAGCAUCCGCUUCCUGCACAGCGACUCCUACGUGCGUGGUUCUGAGGAAGAUUUCAUCGUGGUGUACGGGGUUGUGUCCUCCUGGGGUGGUUCCUCAUCGGCCCUGGUUGGGACGGGUGCCCAUGGCUGGUUGGAUUGCGUGAGGGCCAGUGACAUAUGCAACCAGAACCCCCAGUGCAGCUCCCGCUACCGGGUGAUGCGUCAGUGCCUGGUGGGCAGAGAGAGGGACACCAUGCUGGCCAACAGGGAGUGCCAGGCUGCCCUGGAGGUGCUGCUGGUCAGCCCGCUGUAUGACUGUCGAUGUAAAAGGGGCAUGAAGAAAGAGCUGCAGUGUCUGCAGAGCUAUUGGAGCAUCCACAUGGGCCUGACCGAAGGUGGAGAGCUUUAUGAAACAUCCCCUUAUGAACCUGUGAUGCCUGUUCGCUACCCUGAUGCAUUCCGUCUCGCUUCCAUUAUCUCAGGGAUGCACACUGUCACCCCUAAAGCCAACACUUGCUCUGACCCAGGCAAGACGUGUAACCCGUGUCUGGACGCAGCCAAGGCCUGCAACCUCAACAACACCUGUAAGAAACAGCGCUCCACCUACAUUGCCACUUGCAACAAAGGGGAACCCUGUAACCGUAAGCGCUGCCACAAGGCCCUGAGGCAGUUCCUGGAUCGGGUGCCCAGCGAGUACAGCCACCAGCUGCUCUUCUGCCCCUGCCAGGACCUGGGCUGUGCUGAACGGAGGAGGCAGACCAUCGUGCCCUUCUGCUCCUUCGAGGACAAAGUCAAACCCUACUGCCUGGAGCUCAGAAAGAACUGCCGCCAAGACCCCCUCUGCAGGUCUAGACUGGCCGAUUUCCACAUGAACUGCAUGGUGACUCAGCACACAGUCAGCAGCUGCCCAAAUGAGGACAACUACCAGGCCUGUCUGGCAUCCUACGCUGGCCUCAUUGGGACGGAUAUGACUCCAAAUUAUGUGGAUGGCAGCUACAACAACUGGACUGUCUCCCCAUGGUGCACCUGUAAAGGAAGUGGGAACCAGGAAGAGGAGUGUGAGAGCUUUCUGAGGGACUUCACAGAGAACACCUGCUUGAGAAAUUCCAUUCAAGCAUUCGGUUAUGGAACAGAAAGUCUCUUCCACAAAGCUGAGUCUGUCCCACCAACCCCUUCCAUGAAGCCUGGAUUAGAGACCUCAGUCAGCACCUCAGAGCCAUACAACCCCAAUGACGUCCAGCCUGAAGAUGAAGCCCACGGGAAGCCUAUACUGGAGCCCAGCAGUGGUUACAAUGGCCUGACUAGACCCAAGAGCCCACCUGAUGAUGGGGCACCCUGUGUCUGUGCCAGUGUCUGGGUGCUGCUGCUCAGCCUGACCUCCGCCAUGGCCAACCAUGCCCUAUAA